CUCAGCUCGUACUUCCGGUGAGCCGAGCUUGAAGCUCCGGUACCAGAUCCUUCCUCCAGUGCCUAAAGUCUGACAAGUUGAGUUGUUAGAGCUUGGCCCAGGGAAAUUAUGUCAGGUCAUUCCAGAUCUUGUGCAAAGGCCUGAUGUCAGCAUUGAAUCCUCAAGCGUUGGUGGCAGUAGCUCAGAAGACCCUGGGUGUGGGGAAAAGAAGGGGUCCACCUCGAGCAGUUUGCCUACACCUAGCUGGAGAGGUCAGAGCUGUGGCCAGGGGGCUGAAGCCAGCAGUCCUGUAUGAUUGCAAUGCUGCCGGGGCUGACCAAGUUCAGAGAUAUGUGGGAGAGCUCCAGAGGCUGGGCCUCUUGCCCCAGGCACUGCAUAUUUUGGAGUUGGGGGAAAACAUCCUGAUUGUCAGUCCUGGGCAAGUGUGUCAGCAUAUACAGCAGGUGCUGUGCAGCCCUGUGACCUUCGUGGAUAUUUCAAGUUUCAGAUCUCACCCAACCCUCUGCCUACUUGGUGAGCUUGGAGAUUUGAAGGACCACUUGGCUGAAAUCAUGACCCACCUACAGAGCCUGGAGGGGAAUUGCCUUUUGCCCGUCUCCCGAAGUGAGUUCUCUUCUGCUGGCUGGAAUCUUUGCACAGUGUUUGGGAUUCUCCUGGGCUAUCCUGUCCCCUAUUUUUUCCACCCAUCUCAAGGGGACAGCAAUUGCUUGGCCCUGAUCCCACUGCGUGUGUUUACUGCUCGAACUUCAUGCUGCUGGCUCACAGGCCUCCCCCAGAUUCAGCUGUAUUCUUUCAGUGUCCCAGAGAGCUUGUACCCAGCCCUGAAAAACAUCCUAGACAUGUGGGAGGAGGACCUCAGGGCUCGGUGUGGGGCUCAGGGUGAUUUUGCUGACAUUACCAUUUCCACUGAAGUUGUCACAUUGCCUUCGGUGGUACUGUGAUUCUGGUCUCCUUCUACCUGCUGGGCACUCAGUGAAUGGUGAUGAUUAGCUGUGUGAUCAUAGGCAAGUCCCUUACUAUCUCUGAACGUGAGUCCUUAUCUGUGAACUGGGAGUAGCAAUACUUACACUGCCUACUUCACAAAGUGGUUGUGAGGAAAAAUGUGGUGUUAUAAUUAUGAAGUGUGGUCAUUCUGAUAGGGCCGGGCUGCGAUGGCUGGCACUGAGUCCUUUCUCUGGUAUCUUGUUUCUUGUCCAAUAGGUGGUGGGGAGUGGGUUAUAUCUUCUGGGGAGAACAGUUUUGCUCUUUUUUUAUAGUAACAUUGCAAAUAACACAUUAUAAUUUCUACCCAUUGUUUGCUUUUUGGUGUGACCUCUGGGGC